AUGGCAUCUAUCGCUGUCCUCGCUGCACUCCUCACCCUCACCUGGUUUCUAUUCGCACUCCUCAUCCUCACUCUCACCCUCACCUUCCUCUACUUCAAAGAGACCUACAAGCUGACAGGAGUACAAGUAAUGUCCCUUGCUGAAUUAACUCCGACCCCCUUUACUGAUUUACUUAGUGCCCUUCUGGGCUUCUUCCUCACCACCCUCCUAUCUGUCCUCGCCCUCGCUCUCACCGUCCCCCUCACCCUUUGUCUCACGCUCCGCCACCUUGAGAAGGAACACCAGUGGGCCUUCAAUAUCGCGGCCACUGCCCAGCGCCCCCUCCUGCAUACCACCACUAACCUCCCCAUCAUAGCCACCAAUCGUGACUCAAAUAACCCCACCCAGGUUUACUUUGAGCACAAUAAUUCUCCAACUGCUGGUCCCCAGAGAGCAGCAACCCCUUUCCCUUCCCACAUCCAAACUUUAGAAGAGCGUUUCACAGCUGGAGUAAUAGAGAUGCCAGUUCCCAGGCAUCCCAUUUUGAGCUUCCCUUCCCAGCAAGAAUCUGAUGAUUCUUCUCUUGAAUUUCUUGAUAAAGGAGGCUUCUGUUAUCUGUUUACAUCCCCCUUCCCAAAUGCCACUCGCCAUCCUUUCCUCAUCCCCGGACCCCUGGACUCCUCAAAUAGUGAUGCUAUAGUCUUGCACCUGUUUCCUGGACCCCUAGAACUCCCUCAGGCCUCAGAAGCAACGACCAGAUCUUACCACGUCGCUCCUGCUCAGGUAUUUCCAUCCUCGUCACCUAUGAAUACCUUGUCGUCCCCAAACCCUGACAGUCCCCUUGCUGCAUCCACUGAUUCCCCCAGUAUGCCACUUCUCGCCUCUGACAUCUCAGAUGAUGGUAGCCUUGAUCAUGCUCCUAACCUAUGGCUACUAGCCAAUUUUACAGCGAUGACGUCAUCCAGUGACCCUCCAAUGAUGUCACUCGGUAUUGGUGGGCCAUCCCCUUUGACACCUCCACCCCAGUUCAAGAUGUCAACCCCUUGGAAUGCGUGCUACCUUACUUCCCUAGAGCAUACACUACCACUGUUACUCAACCUCCUAUGGGCAUUCCCAUCUAUGGAAAUCCUGCCUUUGGACUAUGAUGAGUAUCGACAACUGCAGCCGAUGUGCUCCAAGUCACUGAGCCUGUAG